UUCAUUUGUAAUCUGUCAGUAUGGAGUAACAAUAUUGAAUAUUGUGCGCGGUAUUUUUCGGAUUUAGAUAUUUCAUUUAUUUUAAUUUAUUCGAACCUUCUUUUCGCCAUCAUGUCCAAGGAAUGUGAUCCACGGUUACCAUGUGAUUCCAGCGGAAAGAAGGAAAAAAUUGAAGUAACUGAUCCUCGAUCAUACUGUUUCAAUAUCACCUCGAAACCUGAAAAAGUAUGUUUGUCAAAAUCGUGCCGAAUAGUGAAAGAAAGUUUAGAUGAGGAUCAGGAUGAAGAAGCUGAGGGUGCCAAAAAACCAUCAAAACUAAUUUCCAUAAAGCAGCCAGCCAAAACCUGCGUUCCAUGGAAUGCUGUAUCAAAAUUUGGCGUUCCUGGUACGAGGCCAAUACAUGAAUUUGGUGCAGCAAUGGGACAACAGGGUGCACUUAAGCCACCAGGAACGUUGGGAAUAGGUGGAAUUGGAGUAGGAGUAGGAGGUGGUGUGAUUGAUGGUGGAAUUGCAACAACUGGGACUGCUACGGGUGGAGUACCACUAACAGCUAAUCAACAAUCAGAUAGGGAAACAGUGAGCUUAGCCAGGCUGGUUGGAUUCAAUCAAGGACCAGCUGCUAUUAUGGCUUCAUUUGGAGAUACCAAAGCUGCAAAGGAAAGUUUAGCCUCCCUGGGAGCUUUGAGUAUGGGUGGUGCUAUCGUGUGCGAUUGUUGCGAAUGCGAUCCCUGCAUUUGCGGACCUCGGGGACUGAACAUAGAAAAUAUAUUAGCUGCCCUGAAAACGAUAAUGCGCAGUGGGGAAGAUUUGAACAAACUAGUCUCGGCACUCGGACCAGGAGCUAUGAAAGCCUUAGGAACCAUAAUGGGUAAGGAAAGUGAAGCUGCUGCAAUGUGGGCCACUGGAGGAGGAACAACCAGCAAGGAUAAAAUAGAAGCAGCGCAGCAACGAGGUCCAGUCGAAACAGCAUCACAGAUUGCUCUCAGAGAAGCUUGGAUGCGUGGAGAUUUCGAUGAAAUGACUUCUUGUCACUGUCUACCAGGAAUGUGUCCGUGUCCAGGAGGUCACUACGUUUAUAAACCAAAGAAAGUGAAACCUAAAAAAGGUAUCGACAAAAAAAGAAAAAAAAUCAGAAAAAAAGUUAAGAAAAUUGGGGAAGAUGGAAAAGAAUAUGAAGAAUGGGACUGGGUACUAACGAGUGAUUCGGAUUUGGUGAGCCGACUGUCGGACACGUGCGUUUGUCCAUCGACAAAACAUUUCCUGACGCCUGCAAGCUCAGAAACCGCCGAUAGUGAGAGAUUGGUGGCUUCAAACAAACGAACCUACUGGGGUGAUUUGAUGGUCUGCACUUGUCCAAGGCUACAACGAACACUCGCUAUCAUCAAGCCGGAAAGUGUUCGUUUCAAAGACGUAAUACUGAGAGCAAUAAAAAAUUAUGGAUUGGAUGUGUUGGCUGAACGGCAACUACAACUUUCUCCAGAGGAAGCUUCAGAAAUAUAUGCGAGCCUUUAUGGCACUCCCCGAUUUCCAAAUAGGGUUGUAUCUGUUAGUCAGGCACCAGUCGUAGUAUUAUCUUUGGGCGGAAUUGACGUAGUGAAAAUUUGGAACAAUAUCAUAGGGCCAGAUGGUACACUUCCGAGUGAAUGGUUUUUUCCUUCCUGGAUUAAUAGAAAAUUUGGUCAUCACGGAGAAAUUGUUGAUGGAUUGCAUGGUUCGAAGAACCUCCCCGACGCAAAACAGGAGAACACAUAUUUUUUUCCAGAUUGUUAUAUUGAUCCGCUCAUGAAGAAUGAAGUAGAUGUGAAAAAUUAUAUCAACACGUAUGUAAAUCCAACUCUUCUAAAAGGAUUGACUGUCCUGGCAAGAAUGAAACCCAGUGAUCCAGUGGUAUUUCUUGCAGAGUGGCUUCUAACGCAUAAUCCCUUUCAACCUCAUUUUCCUACCCAUAUCACUUUAGCACCGCGUUGAAGACUAAAAACAUUAAUGAUGUACGAAAUAAAUGAUCAACAUAAAAUUCUUAUAUGCUUA